AUGUCAACUCCCUAUCGGUAUCCUCGCCCACCAGCCCCACAACCAUCACCAUCCGACUCCGACGACGAAGAGUCGGCCGAUGACGACACCAUGAACCCCUCACUAUCGAGUGGGAAAACGGAUUCUGAAUCUGAUUCCCCAUCAUCCCUCGGCUCCCACCAACCAAUUACCGGGAGCCGCCCUUCGCCUCGGGUUGUAACGACCCAUGGGCGUGCGGCUUUCGAAAUUGAAGAGCUAAGCGACUUUGAUCCCAUGGACAGCGAUCGCGAAGCAGCCCUGAAGCCGGCUGAGUACGAGUACCCAGAGUCGGAGAGAAGCCGGUCGCCGGCUCGCUAUCCAGCAGAAGGCUCUCGCGGACCGUACAGAGCCCGAGUUCGUGAGCUCCCUCGGGAGUUUGUCAACAGCAUGCGAAAUCUGGAUUGCGACGACUCCGACGAUGAGUUUGACGCAGAUGAUAUGGAGCACCAUGAUUUCGUUGUGCGGCAAAAGGAGCUCAAGAGGAUCCAUAGGAUCAGUCACGGUAGCAGCAUUGGCAAGAGGACCAUGAGCGAUCGUGGUGAUUCCGACCACGAGGAUUUGAAACCCUUUGAGAAUGGCGAGAAUGCACUCCACGACCGCCGGAUGAGGAGGCGCGUUGGUGAACGUCGUGAAAGCCUAUUCCAUGAUCAUCCACCGGAGCGAAUUCCUGAGUUAGAGGAGCCUGAUAGCGACGCCGAGGAGCAGGAAUUCAACUUUGCAAGGGAGUUGCCGUAUUACGAUAUCGAGAUCAUGGAGGUCGACUCGGAAUAA